CGGAGGAGACGCGAACUACAUUUGGGGUUGCAGUACACCCUGCGCGCAGGCCGUCCGCAAACAAUAGACGCGUGCGUGUGAAAGAGAGUCUGUGGACGGAUAAUUUCAUUAAGUAAAAAUGUGUAUCGACUGAAGUGAUGAAAAAAAAAGGGUGGAGAUCGGACGCGUUGAAUAAGAAAUAACGGUGGAUGAACGAUCGACGAAGGAAAUGAACCGAGCGAAGGAAAACAUCUGGAAGCGGUAAUAUGGCUGGGAUCGGCGUCGUUUGACUCGAUAAAGUGUCCAUCCAUUCUCUGUUUUCGGAAAGAAAAAAGAAAAAUUUUUGAUUGGGGGAAUAAAAGAGGGAAUAUCGUGAUCGAUCGUAGUCGAUUUCGUCUCUUCGGAUCGAGGAAAGAUUUGGAUUGGAGGGAUGGCCGGUUGUGCGCAAAAAAUUUUGCUGAUCCUCGCUGCAUUCGGGGGGAUCCUGCGCCGUGCAUGACCGGCGGCGGAAAGAAAUUUGUCGAGACCGACUCGGUUGAUCCUUGGAACCUGUGGAACAGGAGAAAAAUUAGGAUUAAAGCGGGGAUAAGCGUUUACCUGAGAAAUGAGAUCCUACGACGGUGAGAGCAGCUCCACGGAGGACGAUGACAGAAGAGAGGGUCUUCCCGAGGCCCACUUGCAGCAAGGAUCCUGGCAACGUUCGGCUUCGCACCCUACGUGGGCUUGGGAACAUCGAACCGCUCAUCCAUUGCCACCACAAUCAACGGCAUCGCUCGAAUCCAUGUACUCGUUACCAGGGGCGUCUCACGCCAGUGUUUCCGCUCCUCCAGCUGGCUACUCGUCCGAGCACCCUCAGAGCGCACCUGGAAGAAGAACUCCCUUGGGUGCCGUCGGCCUCGGCGGUUUCUAUUUUCAGCAACAGCCCCAACCGCACGCUUCGUCGAGUGCCCUUUCCGACGAGAACAGACCGGACCAAGAGAGACCCGGAGCGUCGAGAUUGAACUGCCCGCCAAAAUCGAAGACCACGCGUCAAGGGAAGAGCAUGCGAUUGAACAUCAACGCGAGAGAGCGUAGAAGAAUGCACGAUUUAAACGAUGCUCUCGACGAACUUCGAUCCGUUAUUCCUUACGCCCACAGUCCGUCCGUAAGAAAAUUGUCCAAGAUUGCCACUCUCCUGUUGGCAAAAAAUUAUAUUCUCAUGCAAGGAAACGCUUUGGAAGAGCUGAAAAGAGUGAUAGCGGUUUUGCAAUCGCCUCACGCUCACACCACGGCUUUACCACCCACACCUGUUUCCUACGAUUUGCUGCACGGAUUCCCAGGCAAGUUGUUCCAAGGUGUGCCGGAUAUGCAAGGACUUCCUACGACAGAUCCUCAAAGCGUGACGGCAGGUGGUCCUCCGACUGAUGGUACUGUGGCCAGUGGAGAAUCGAAUUAAAAGAUUCGAGCCUUUGUUCCUUGAAUAGAUAUUAAGAUUAAAAUCGAGAAUCGAAUGUGUUACGGGGUGGCGUUACGAAUGUUGAUUAAAAAAUGACAAAGGAAGGAUUUCUUAUUAUACAAUUUACAAGAUAAAGGAGGGGACGGCACUAAUUUUAGUGUUAAUAACGAUUUUUAUGAAUAUAUAUUGCGAGGAUCUUAAACGCGAUUAAUCUUCCAGAAUGGAAUCUAACGAUUUAAUUUUAACAUUAAGAUUAUAAUAUGAAGAUAGCGUGUAAGUUUCGAAUGCGAGAUUAAUUGUUGAUACGAUGAAAGUAUUAGAAAUGAAGUAUUCAAGGGCGUAUUCGACAUAUACUGUUACGAGUUCGAUAAACAUUGAGUCAAUACUAGUACGUAUGGUUGAUACUCUUAAGAUUGAAAGUUUAUGAAAGUACUAGCAAUUAACGAUUAAGAGUAAUUACUUACGAUAACUAAGAAGAGCAAUAAGUAACAGGAUAUUUCUGUCUCUGGUGAAUGGAUAUCGACUUUUAAUGA